AUGUCUCUGCAAGUGGAAGGCGGAACCCAGGUUCAAGUUCCACGAUCCUUGAUGCAAGCCUUCCUCCAGCAGGAUCCGAACCACCCUGGUCUAGAGACAGUUCGCCUACCAACACCUGGAGCUGUUGGUCAAUUGCCUCCUCACUGCCGUGAAAUCGAAACGGAAAUCUGCUUAGUAUGUCGCAGAUGUGGAAGAGCUUAUCCUCAGGAAACAACCUUACUUGCUCAUCAGCGUUCCUGUUACCUGGGGAACCAACAGCGUCGCGGUGCUUUGCGUCUUGUUCAGAGUCGCUACUCCUGUUCCCUCUGCGAUAGCGGCACCUCCACUAGAACUUAUGGAAGCCUCACUGAGAUUAGACGUCAUCUGGAGACUAUUCAGCAUCGGACUCAUGAGGCUAAUCUAUUUGUCAAAAAGAAAUUGGAGAACAAGCCAUUGGAGAACAAGCAACAGGACAAGAAGCAACUAGACAACAAUCCUGACUCUGAUAUUCAUUCUGGUGAGGAGGCAAAUCCACUGAUAGACGAGAUGGAAGAUGUGGUCAACCAGAUCACUCUUCUGGCUGCUAGAGCUGCUGCUGAAAGCACUACUGGUCAUCAAACGAACGGAAAUCAGGACAACAACAAUGGCCCUGAAAAGAGACAAAAACAUCUCCAGUUUUCCGCUCUUGCUGGGGCUAAAUUUUAG